GCCUUUCCCUGAGGAGAGGAUUUGGGUAGAAGAGGAGCGUUGGGUCGGAAACGCCCCUUUCUUCCACCGCCGGAGAUUAAGAGCCGCUACUGGGCCUGCGGGGCGCCGCUGCUCCUUUUGUGGGACAUGGCCCGCUGUGGGGAGGGCAGCGCGGCGCCCGUGGUACUUCUGAGGGGCCCUGGAGUUUGCAGGAAGGGGUUGCAAAGGAAAGGGCCCUGUGAGCGGCGCCGGCUGAAGGCGGUGAUAUCGGAGCAGCUGAGCCAGGAUCUGCUCAGGCUCCUAACAGAAGAAAUCCAUACAGAUGUUACUUUCUCUAUAGGCUGUACUUUGUUCAAAGCACACAAAGCAGUCCUUUUAGCAAGGGUUCCUGACUUCUAUUUUCAUACUAUUGGACAGACAUCAGAUAAUUUAACAAAUCAUGAGCCUGCUUUUGUGGAGAACUUUGAAGCUUCAGAAUUUAGAAGAUUUUUACAGAUUGUAUAUUCAUCAGACAGAAACAUAAGAAACUAUGAAGAAGAAAUUCUUAGGAAAAAGAUAGUGGAGAGGGGAAUGCCACAAAAGAAAUGUGACUCCAGCUUUGGAAUCUGCACUGAUAACAAUGGAAGAUCAUCUGUAGAGUUCUUCAGUAAAAAGUCAUCUGAUUGUUCUCUCCAGAAGUAUGAAGUUCCAGAGGAUAUCAGUGAUGGAGUGCACAAUUUAAUUUCUAAUGAUAAUUAUGACCUGGAUCCUGCAUCUGAAUUAGGAGAAGAUUUAUUGAAACUUUACGUGAGACAGUGUUGCCCAGAUAUUGAUAUUUAUGUUGAUGGAAAAAGUUUUAAAGCUCACAGAGCCAUUUUAAGUGCCAGAUCCAGUUAUUUUGCGGCAAUGCUCAGUGGCUGUUGGGCUGAAAGCUCCCAAAAGUUUAUUACUCUUCAAGGUAUAAACCAUGUAGAAAUGAAUGUAAUGAUGUAUUUUAUAUAUGGAGGAACUUUGGACUUUCCAGACAAAGCUAAUGUUGGUCAGAUACUCAAUAUGGCUGAUAUGUAUGGACUAGAAGGAUUAAAAGAAGUAGCAAUCUAUAUUUUAAGAAGAGAUUACUGUAAUUUCUUUCAGAAGCCUAUUCCCAGAACGUUGGCGUCUGUAUUAGAAUGCCUGAUUAUUGCUCAUUCAGUUGGAGUGGACAGUCUUUUUGCUGACUGCAUGAAGUGGGUUGUAAAGCAUUUUGCAAGGUUUUGGUCUGAGAGAAGUUUUGCAAAUGUACCUCCUGAGAUUCAGAAAAGUUGUCUUAACAUGUUGAUUCAGUCUUUAAAUGAUAAGAAUGCUGCUUUUCUUCUGAUGGAAAGUGACAGGCUAAUCAUCAGUUUACCCAGAGUGAAGUGGACAGAAGUAGCCCUGACAAUGGCAUCUCGGCUGCAAGAAGAAUGUAUUGCAUUUAUUGUUAAAAAUUUCUCCAGGAUCAUUCACAGUGAAAAUUUUGCUCUUCUCUUACAGUCACAAGCAAUGAGCAGCACAGCUGAUCUGUUGGAUAAAAUUUUAAAAGCAAUUGAAGAAAACAUUACCACUGAGAAUAGCUGCUCUCUUCUUAUGGCUCUGGACACGUUACUGAACUCUGACAGUACAAAGGACAUGGGUUUUACGUGCAAGAUCCAGGCUCUGCGUGAUAAGCUGUGGAUCUUCCUGGUUCAGUCUUUCUAUGCUGUUCGUCAUACAGAAAGCUGGAAGCUGAUGAGCACAGAUGAUCAACAGAAAAUCCAAGCAGCUGCAUUUGACAAAGGUGACGAUCGAAGACUUGGCAAAAAGCCUGUAUUCAGUAGCUCUCAGCAAAGGAGACAAGCUUCUGACUCUGGUGUUGUAAAUAACAAAUCUUGGAGAGGAAAUACCAAGAAGGAGUGUUGGAGUUAUCCCUCUACUAAGCAAAAGAUGAAAUCUGAUGGAUUAGGAGCAUCUGGACAUUCAUCAAGUUCUAAUAGAAAUACUAUAAAUAAAACUUUGAAGAACGAUGAUUUAAAGGAAAAGGGUGAUACAAAAAUAGCAUCUAAGGUUACAAAAGAACUUAAAACUGGGGGAAAAAAUGUUUCUGGAAAGCCCAAAGCUAUAAUAAAGUCCCAGACAGAAAACAGUGAUAAUGCAAAGUCAGCAAACAUGUCGCCUAGACAAGCUGUGGAAAGAUCAGCAGCAAUAGCAGCAAAUGGACAGAAAAGUUCAUUAAAUGGGAAAGGAGUAAGAAAUCAGGAAGGGCACAUUACAGGUGCCAGACCUAAGGUACUCACUGGAAACUUAAAUGCACAAACCAAAGCAAAGCCUCUGAAGAAAGCGACAGGAAAAGAUUCUCCGUGCCUCAGCAUCACAGGGCCCUCCAGCAGAUCGACAAAUUCAAGUAUGGAAUUACUGAUUUCCACUGAAUGUCUGGAUGAACCAAAAGAAAAUGGAUCAGUAGGAGAAGAGAAGCCUUCUAGUGAUAAACUGUCCUGUUGGGAAUCUCCAGGGCACUCCAUGAAAAACAGUGUGGAAAAUAUCAAAACCACUGUAGCUAUAAAAUCUCGACCUGUUUCAAAAGUUGCCAGUGGAACUUCAAAUAAAAAAAACAUUCAUGAAGAAACUAGUAUAAAUAACACUGUGCUAAAGAAGGUCACUAACAAAGGAUAUGGUGAUCCAGUACCACAGGCAAUUUUAAAGAAAAGAGGAAAUGGCAGUGGAUGCACUACAGCUCAACAGAGAACAAAAAAUGCCUCAUCUAAUCUUUCUAAAACUCAAGGAUCUCAAGGAGAAUCACCAAAUUCGGUAAAAUCUUCAGUCUCUUCAAGGCAGUCUGAUGAAAAUGUGACAAAAUUGGACCACAGUACAACUACAGAUAAACAAACACCUAAGAAAAAAAUUGUCAAGCAAGGACACACACCUUUGCCUAAGGCUAAUGCAAAAAUAGUGGCAAUGCCUAAAAACUUAAAUCAAUCUAAGAAAGGUGAAGCUUUGAAUAAUAACGAUGCAAAACAGAAAAUGGUUCCUGGACAGGUUACAUUGAAAACUCAGCCUUCUUCUCAAAGACCCUUAAAAAGUGAAACAAGCAUGCUUCAUGAUGUACAUGAUAGUAAUAACAAGGACAAUAUUUCUGAACAGAAGCCUCAUGAACCUCUAAUUAAUCUCACAUCAGAAAUCAGCAGUACAGAAGCAUUCCUGUCAUCAUGCAAACCUGACACACAAAAGCCAUUAAACAACCAAGGGAAAGAGAAAUUAGAAUGCCAGAGUAUUUCAAAUUUGGAUAAAUCAAAGUGUGAAUUGGAAUCGAAACAGAUUUGUUCAGAUAAAAGUGAAACAAAAUUUUCCAGCAAAGAAAUACAUCAGCACAAGACAGCUAAAAUACAUUGUCAUUCUGAUGGGAGUGAUAAUGUAGAUCCAAAAUUUUAUAGCACCACUGUCCUAAAGUCCACGAUUUCAAAUCCCAGUGAAAACUCCCUGAACUCUAAUCCAGUUUGUGAUUUAGACUCUGCAGAUGCAGAGCAAAUUCUUUCAGUAUCAGAUAGAGAGAAGCAAGUAGGGGGGAAAGAUACAAACGAAAAAUUAAACAUUAAAUGUGACAAAGAUGUUUUAUCACGUGUUCCUGAAAGGACAAAUGGUACCUUAAAUUCUGUCCAAGAUAACAGGAAAUCUAAAAUUCGUAUCGAAGAACAGACAGUUCCUAGUCACUUGUCUGAUGACUCUGCUGUGAGUGAAAUCAAACAUGCUACAGCAGACUCAGAUAUUUCCUCCAAGUGUGCUUUGGAACAAAUAUCAGGAAAAACUUCUCCUAAAGAUAUGGAAACAACAGAAACUCCAGAGAGCCAUGAAACUCCAGAAGUUCCAUUCAUGAGUCAUUGGAAUUUGAGUACCAGUGGUCUACAUCAGAGAGAGAGUCCUGAAUCUGACACUGGGAGUGCUACCACAUCCUCUGAUGACAUAAAGCCCAGAUCUGAAGACUAUGAUGCUGGAGGGUCCCAGGAUGAUGACGGGUCAAAUGACAGAGGUAUUUCUAAAUGUGGCACGAUGCUGUGCCAUGAUUUUCUUGGAAGAAGUAGCAGUGAUACCAGUACUCCUGAAGAACUAAAAAUAUAUGAUAGUAACUUAAGAAUUGAAGUGAAAAUGAAAAAGCAAAGUAGUAAUGAUCUUUUCCAAAUUAAUUCGACAAGUGAUGAUGAGAUUCCUAGAAAAAGGCCAGAAAUUUGGUCUAGAUCUAUGGUAGUCCACCCUAGGGAAAAAGAAAAUAUUCUACGAGGCAGUAUCCAGUUUGCUCAGGAAGUAGAUCAGGUUUCUUCCUCGGCAGAUGAAACAGAAGAUGAAAGAUCCGAAGCUGAAAAUGUUGGAGACAAUUUCUCUACAUCUAACUCAGCUCCUCAGCAAUUUCAGGGAAUCAUUAAUUUAGCUUUUGAAGAUGCAACAGAAAAUGAAAGUCAUGAGUUCUCUACAACUAAAAAUUUUAAAAGAUCAGUUUUACUUUCAGUAGAUGAAUGUGAAGAACUAGGAUCUGAUGAAGGGGAAGCCCAUACUCCUUUUCAGCCUUCUGUAGAUUCUUUGUCACCAUCUGAUGUUUUUGAUGGUAUUUCUCAUGAACAUCAUGGAAGGACCUGCUAUUCCAGGUACUCACAAGGAAUUGAAGAUAGUAUUUUAGAAUGUAAACAAGAUAGAGGCAAUAGCAUAUGUAAAAACGAAAGCUCUCUCUUGGGUUGCGCUAGUAUUGACUCAUCAAGAAGAGAUAAACUGAGUACUUCAGCCACAGGAAAAAAGUACACAGUGGAUGUCCUGUCCACAGGAGGUAGACAGCUUCUUCCAGAAGAUAAAAAGGUAAAUGGCAGAAGCAGUGUGGAUAAUGACUUUCAGCAAUGCAGCAAACUCUCAGAUAGUGAUGUAAAAUCUCAAGAAAGACCAUGUCAUUUGGAGCUUCAUCAAAGAGAACCCAAUUCUGACAUACCAAAGAACAGCUCUACAAAAUUUCUGGACUCCUGUCGGAGUCAGCUUCUGCCUCAGGAAGGUCAAGUAAAAGAGAACCAUUCUACAGCUACCAAAAGAGCUAAUAUUGCUUUAUCUGCAGGAGACAUAGAUGAUUGUGACACACUGGCACAAACCUACAUGUAUGACCAUCGGCCUUCAAAAACCCUCUCUCCAAUAUAUGAGAUGGAUGUAGUAGAAGCAUUUGAGCAGAAAAUGGAAUCAGAAACACAUGUUACAGACAUGGAUUUUGAAGAUGAUCAGCACUUUGCAGAACAAGAUUGGAUGCUAUUAAAGCAACUGCUGUCUGAACAGGAUUCAAACUUAAAUAUUACGAAUUCUGUUCCUGAAGACUUAAAUUUAGCACAGUUUCUAAUCAAUCAGACGUUACUUUUAGCACGAGACAGCUCAAAACCUCAGGGUAAAGCACAUGUUGACACUUUGAACAGAUGGAGUGAACUAACCUCUCCACUUGAUGAUUCCUCAGCAAGCAUCACCAUGGCUAGUUUUUCCUCUGAAGAUUGUUCACCCCAAGGGGAAUGGACAAUUCUAGAACUGGAAACUCAGCAUUAAGAGUGUUAACACUUUGGAAAAUUUUUAACAAUGCCACCCCUUUAUUUUUUGAUGCUUAUAUCCUAAUAAUAACUGCAUUAGCCAGAGAUAGACUGCCCUUAAUAAUGAGGGAGUCUUUCUAACUUAUUGAGGUUAACCUAGUUUGUUUAUUAAUAUGAUAUCACAUGUAGAAAAAAAGAUGGUUUUCUAAAAUUUUUGAGCAUGUUUUAUUACUUCAGUUGUCCUUUCCUAACUGAUCAUUUGUUCACUUGUUUAUAUCAAGAAUUUAAAAUGUGAAUGCACAAGUAGAUCAAUCCCUAUACUUUUUGCUCUGCAUAUGGUAACAGUAAUUUAACAAUAAAAAAACCUAUUGUGCUUGUGUCCAAUUUA